GUGCGUGUAUUGAUUAUUCCAUUGUGCUAGGGAGAGAGAGGAGCUGUCUGUGAAUGGAUCUGGGAGAGAGAGGGGGAGAGAGAGAGGUGUCUCGGAGACUGUAAAUCAAUAGGAAAAGCCCUGUCCACACAGAGAAAGUACCUCACACCACAAAGACAUUGAUUUAUUUUUUCCUAGUCUUCAUCUUCCCUCUGUAAAGGGGGGAGCAAGAAAGCCCGAGAGAGAGAGAGAGAGAGAGAGAGAGGGAGAAAGAGAGAGAGAGAGAGACCGCCUCCUCAGCAUCCCUCAGACACAGCUUUAUCCUCUCGCACCAGCUAAGCUGGCUGUGUGUGAGAUGACUCUUGCAUUUCUAACAUAUCACCAUGGAUGCUGGUGAAUGCUUCCUCACCUCUCCCGGGCAGGAUGAGAGAAGCUCAUGGCCAUUGGACCUCAUUCUCCCCCCUUGCCCAGCAGCCACCAAAGAUACCUCUCUUCUAUCCCCCUCUCCCCCCCUUGACAUUUCCACCUCAACCUCAGCUUCCACACCCGGAGGGAGUUAUCAGGCACUUAGCCCCCAACCCUCGACCUCACAGCCUUCCCUUCUAGUAGCUACUAGUCCCCUGCAUCCAACAUAUCUGCCAAAGCUCAGAACUCCUGUAGAGUCUAACUGCCAAGAGGAAGAGGAGGAUGAGGGGGAACUCCUACUGGGUCGUGUGCUGUUCUCCAGUGACGGAUCUGUCUACCUCCUGAAAGGGGAGGGGAAAGAGAACCAAACUCUACCCUCCCCAGCCUCACCACAGGACUCCCUGAACAGCACAGUGUUGCCCUAUACCCCUCCCUCUGCAUUCCAUCUCACCGCCACCUACCAAGGCAUACGCUCUAACCAAAUAUCCCAACAUACCUCAGUUGGGGCAGCCAAUCCCAUCCACCUGGUGUCUGGCGCCUCACCUAGAAUCCAAGACCAACCCAAAGAAAACAAGGUGGUAGAGAGAGGACAGGAAACCAACAAGACACCCAAAAUAACCAGUGGCUCCCAAAGGACCCAGAUAGUGGAACGUGUGUUUAUUUGCCUCCCAUGUCAGCUUACCUUUAGGUCUGGCAGCAAGUUUGGGUGGCAUGCAUCACAAAUCCAUUUACUGGAACACCCAUAUCAAGAUCAUCUAGCAAUGGGAGAGACAUCUGGUAUUAUCCACAGCUCUAGUGGAAAGCUAUUUCUUAGCCUAUUAGAACCAAAAAUAAAUCACAGCUCACUUGAAGCUGGUCAGGAACCAGAGAAUAUAGCUCCUUUAGGGGAUCAGUCUCCCCUACUUUUAGAAAGGAUCCAAAAUGUUGUAGAACCAUCAGGAAAAACAAAGGAUGUAACUUCCCAAAUACCCGACAAAGUAACCAAAAGCCAAGUAGCUAUUAAUCCAGAAACUAGUUCUGUCUCUCUUGGCCUAGCACCCCAAUCGUCCUUAAGCUUUCACUGCUGUGAUCCUGCUGGAACACCCCACUUAACUGAAGCCAAAGAUUCCAAGGCCCACAUGAAUGAUAAAAAUGGAGGAGCCUCAUGGAACCCAGCAGGAACAGAGACACAAGGUGAAGAGGAUGUAGAGGAAGGAGAAGGGCCUCCCCCUAACUCCCAGCCCACUGAUAUCACUGAACAGCUACUUGCAAACCAAAGCUUCUAUGGCCCAAUGAUGACCAGCUCCUUCUCUCAGACAGGAGUUGCCCCUGGCACUGAUAAGAAAGGGGACCAAACAGACACUGAACGUGGGCUUCAGGCCUUUGAUGACUGUACAGCAACCUCAGGUCCCCAACCAUUCCAAAGCCUUUCUCUCCAGGGCCAGCUUUCUCUCCUUCAUUCCCGCAAUUCUUGCAAAACACUGAAAUGUCCCAAGUGCAACUGGCAUUACAAGUACCAACAGACGCUGGAUGUCCAUAUGAAGGAAAAGCACCCAGAAAGUCAGAGUCAUUGUUCUUACUGUCACAGUGGGCAGCAGCAUCCACGUCUUGCCCGUGGUGAAAGCUACAACUGUGGUUACAAGCCGUACCGCUGUGAAGCCUGCAACUACUCAACUACCACAAAGGGUAAUCUCACAAUACACAUGCAGUCUGACAAACAUCUGGCCAACUUACAGAGCUAUCAGGGUCCAGGAACAACACCUAAUGCUUCAGUCCCUCCGUUGGCAUCCCCAGUGGUUAAUACUGGCCAGGGAGAAGCUAGCCAACCUUCACCACCUGACCGGCAACUAAAGCAAAAAGCUUCAUGGCACUGCAAAGUGUGUAAUUAUGAAACCAACAUAUCUCGAAAUCUGCGUAUUCACAUGACCAGUGAGAAGCACAUGCAGAAUGUCCUAAUGCUUCAUCAGGGGUUGGGAAUGGGGCAAGACACCUUUCCUUUCUAUGGAAGUUCCCUUGCUUCCGAUCAGGGCAUGGACCAUCAUCUGCUGUUUAAUCCCAUGCACUUCAGCUCACCUGGGAGCCAAGCUUGCAGCCUACUUACUCCAGAAUCUGCCUCAGGUCCCCAGCUCAAUAGUUUGGGUCCUUCCAACACUCCCAUUCCUUCAUCUGCUCCUCUGCAAGAUUCAUUCUCUUCUAAUCUGGAGGAGGAGCCCUCAACUGGCAUUUUUCGGUGUCUGAUAUGCCGCUCCUUUACUACUGAUAGCUUGGAGGGAUUGCUUUCUCAUGCAAGUAGAGGCCGCUCUCUUCCCGAAAGAGAGUGGAGAGAAGUCAGAGGAGAUUUGCACUGCUGCCGCCUCUGCUCCUACAGUACCCAGCUUAAAGCCAACUUUCAGCUACAUCUAAAGACUGAUAAGCACGCUCAGAAGUACCAACUUGCUGCCCAUAUGCGGGAAGGAGGUGCUGCACUUGCUACAGCCCAGGCCUCAGCAGUAGAGUUACCCAUCAGCGGCUACAGUCAAGCUUCUGCUUUCCCUCCACUUAACUUGAGAUGUAAUCUUUGUGGGUUUGAUAGCAACAGCAGAGAGAAAUUGCAACUGCAUGUGCAGGGAGGAGGCCAUGAAGAAAGCCUCAGGGUUUACAAGUUCUUGAACUCAAUGGAAGGUGCCAGUGAAAAAGACACAAGCUUCCGCUGUGGCCCAUGUGAUAGCAUAGUAAGUUCUCGUCUUGGGAUGAUGUUGCAUUUGCGUUUAACAAGUCACCAUCAAAGCCUUGCACAGUGGAGGCUAACACAGGGGGAUGUAAUGCUCGAAGGAAUCAUCAGCAUCUGCAGAAGUCCCCUUCCACAGGAACCUGUUAAAACACUGAGGUCUUCAGAAGCCACUCCAAAUCCAGAAUUAGAUGAAAAGAGCAAAGAUGUAUCCCAAGGCUGUGGACAGGAUGAAGCACCCAGCACUGAAAGUGAAAAACCUGCAGAAGGGACAACGGUUUUCUGCUGCCCAUUCUGUGCCUAUGUAAGUUCCUCAGAGGAUCAUGUGCAAAGCCAUGCAGUGUCACAGCACGCUUUGCAGCCUACUUUUCGAUGCCCAUUGUGUCAAGAACAGCUGACGGGAACUGCAAACCUGAGGGGUCAUCUUGGGCAUGGACACAAUGUUGUUUCUGAGUGUGUGGAAAAACUGUUGCUGGUGGCGCAAAAAGUGGAAAUGAGUUUUCGUACCAGAAUUCUCCCUGUCAGAGUAAGGGAAGAGCCAACACAGCCCUCCUCAGAUGCUCACACUUCCUGUGACAUCCCACAUCAACACUCCCCUCCUGAAUCCCCUCCUGAGAUUUCUACAAGUCCAGUUCAUGCAACAGAACAUGCAGGAGACCUUGAAAAGACCCCAGAAGAUAAUUCAUGCACAGUGUGCCAGCAGUUAUCUGACAGUUCUAGUGACCUACGGGCACACUUGGAGAAAGAUCACCCUGAGUUUAGCCCAUCUGAUAUUCAACAAGCAUGUGAAGCCAGAAGCAGAGAAAUUGAAGUCCUAGAGCAGGAUGAAAGAAUUGGCUCCCAAGAAAAUAUACCAGCUCCCCCACUGCAAGUGACCUACCGCAAGACCACCAACUUUGCCAUGGACAAAUUUAUGGACCCCUCAAGACCCCACAAGUGUGUAGUGUGCAAGGAAUCAUUCACCCAGAAGAACAUAUUGCUUGUUCAUUACAAUUCUGUUUCCCAUUUGCACAAAGUCCGAAAGGCUUCACUUGACCCUUCUCUGUCCAACCGACAAGAGCAGGGGGCUGCAUCUCAAAGUCAUGGGGCCCAGUCUGGACAGGACAAGCCAUACAAGUGCACCGUUUGCCAUGUUUCAUAUAACCAGAGCUCAACUCUUGAAAUUCACAUGCGUUCUGUGCUUCACCAAACUCGAUCCAGAGGAUCAAAAUAUGAUCUUGCUAAAGCUCCUACAGAAAAAUCUCCGCGUGACACCAUUUGCAAGAAUGAGCCUACAAAUGAUGGGAAAAAUGAACCAUCUGGGGACCUGCAGAGUGGAGAUGUCCCAAAAAGGAGACAGCAUAUAGCUCCCUGUUUGGGUGUUCCUAUCUUACCUGCUGUUGCCCCUCCUACAAUGCAGCUUUCUUUGGAUUUGCCUCGGCCUCCCCCUCUUGUUCAGCCUCCCCCUCUGUUUGCUUCUUCACUACUUCCCUCAUUUCCUUUAAUACCAGAAGCCCUUUUGAAACUCCAGCGUCAACAACAGCAGCUUUUGCUUCCAUUCUACCUUCAAGAGCUGAAGGUUAGUGGAGAUGGAGGUGCUACUCCUGUCUUGCCCUUUGGAGGUGCUCAGCAGCCACCAUCCACAAAAGAAGAGGGCGAUCAGUCCAGUGCAACACCAAAAGCGGCAAAAGAGAAGGAAAAUAAAAUGCCUGAUGAGCAGGAGGCAGCUACAGGGGAAGCAGAUGGCUGUCAGAAUUCAGAGUCAAGAUUAGAACCUGCACCCAAAGGAGCUGGAGAUCCAACUGUAUCCACAGCUCGAUCUCUUCUGGAGAAUUUUGGUUUUGAGCUUGUUGCACAGUACAAUGAGGGACGGCAACCAACAAUUAGUCAACCCCAAGUUCAGCCUCCACCGCCUGCUGCACCACGUAGUGUCUCCCCAACACCACCUUCUGCAGAAAAAUUACAGUGUGGUACUUGUGGGAAACUUUUUUCCAACAGACUGAUUCUUAAGACCCAUGAAGAGCAUAUGCACCAACGUCUACUUCCAUUUGAGGCUUUGAGUCAGUAUGCUGCAAAUUACCGACGCAGCUAUGAUAGCCACAAUCCUACAGGGGUUCCUAUGGAAACACCAUCUUCCUCUGUUACACCACUUGAUUUCUCAGUCACUUCACAGAACUCACAACAAACAGAAGAAAAAGAGGAAUCAGGAGAGCUUGGUAUUACAGCUGAGCAGCUCAACUCUCUUCAUAGUCUUCUGGACCUUUCAAAUAAUCCAGUAGAAGAACAUUUCCUGUGGGCAUCUAAUAAGACUGGUUUACCACCUACAGCCAUACAGCAAUGGUAUGCAAAAGAGAAACAAAUCCUUGAGGAGCAGGAAGAGGAAGAAGUGGAUGCCUCAAAAUAUGAUCGCAUGGGCAGCCGACGCUUUUCACGAACAAAAUUCUCUGACUUCCAGACUCAGGCUUUGAAUAGCUUCUUCGAAUACACUGCUUAUCCACGGGACAGUGAGGUGGAGAAUCUGUCAGCUUUAUUGGGCUUGCCUGGUCGUGUGGUUGUUGUCUGGUUCCAGAAUGCCCGUCAGAAAGCACGAAAGCAAGCUGUUGAGACUGGCAUUUCUUCUUCACCCCCACUUCUACCUAGUCCACCAGGGGAACGGCCAGCAUCUAAUAGUAAAGUGCCUCCAUGUAAGAAAUGUGAUACCACAAUGCCAUGUAUAAUCCAGCUCAUCCGUCAUCUGAAAGACUGUUACAGCGAGCAACAUGAGGAAAUGACUGGUGAGGAAGACAAACAGGAAUUAUCAAGAAACCCCAGCCAAGAGGAAGAUUUCCUUCCAGUUCAGGUGGCAGCUUCUGAAAUUCCAUUAAUAUCCACGCAGGUUAAGGAUGAGGAGCAAACGUCCCUGGAAGAGAAAAAUAUUGUGCCACUAGAUGCAAAGGAAGGGGUGUCGUCUACAGUUAAUGAGGAAAACACUCAGUUGUCGGAACAAAGAGGCUUCCCUGAAGAGCAAAGUUUGACUCCCACUCCCCCUGAAAUGUCAGAUCAAAACCAGUUACAAGCAACCAAUAAUAGUGUUCCAGCUAACUUAAUGGACCUCUCUUUGGUAAUACCUGCAGGAUCCAGUGAUACAGGUACUCAAAGAAAAAGAAAACAUGAGGAAGAAAGCCUUUCUCCAACUUGUAGUGAAGGCGGAGAUGAACCCCCAAAAGACAAACGGCUCAGGACCACAAUAUUGCCAGAGCAACUAGAUAUCUUACAUCGGUGGUACUUACAGGACUCUAACCCAACACGCAGCACUCUUGAGCGUAUAUCUCUUGAAGUACGCCUCAAAAAAAGAGUUGUACAAGUUUGGUUUCAGAACACUAGGGCUCGUGAACGUAAAGGGCAGUAUCGUGGGGCACCCCCUCCUGCAGCCUCAGGUUCUCGUCAACAAGAUGAUGCACCAAAUGAAGGAGCAAAAAGGGAGGCAACCGCUAGUUUUUACUACAGUGUUUCACCAAGUCAAGUAACGCCUUCUAUAGUAACUAAAGCAGUGUCCUGUCCAGGACAAGGUUCUUCUCCCCUGUCAUCUAAAACUCAGACUUCUUUGGGGUUGACUUCAACACCAGUCACCACUAAAUCUCUUGUUAGUCCAAGCCAGGCUCUCUCAGGCAUACUGAAUGCUACACAGAUAUUGCCAAACCUAGUUAAUCCGUCCCAGGCUAUCCCAGGCCUUGUCAAAUCAACUCAAUCUUUGGCUGGUCUUGUUAAUCCUCCUCAGGGCUUACCUAGCCUUUUAAACCCAACUCAAACAUUUCCAACUCUGGUUAAUCCUGCCCAGGUGCUUUCUAGCUUUGUAAACAGCCCCCAAUCAUCUCCAGGACUGCUGCUCGCUUCUUACGCAGGAAAACCUCCAGCUCCCCCCAUUUUGUUACCUGCUGCCUCGGAGAAAAAACCUCAGCCCAUCCCUGGCUUUUUGAAUUCUUUACCAGUAUCAGGAGAGCAAAUGCAAAAACCUGAUAAAACAGAAGCCUCUGCUACUGUGGACAACCCUGAUCAAAAUAACAUUUUGCCUUCUGAGCAGCAGGUGCAUCAAACAACUCCUGAAGACCAUCCUUUGGAAACCCUGGGAGGGAGCAAUCAAAAGUCAUAUGAGAAAGGGGCUUCAAAACCAUUAGAAAGUCUCAUGCAUAGCCCACAGGGAGGGGAAAUGAGUGAUUCAUCCAGUUCAGACCCUGGACCACCAAGCCCUGGGAAGGGUGGAUUCAACUCUGAAGGAAUGUUUGGGUCUACAGGGGCCAGACGUUUUCGGACUCAAAUGAGCAGCCUCCAGCUGAGAAUAUUGAAAGCAUGCUACUCAGAGUAUCGUACGCCAAGCAUGCACGAGUGCGAUUCCUUAGGGGGAGAGAUUGGCUUACAAAAGAGGGUUGUCCAAGUUUGGUUCCAGAAUGCCAGGGCUAAAGAGAAGAAAGCCAAGCUCCAAGGUCUCAGUGGCACAGUCACACUUAACGAGGGUCCACAGCCCACAGAGUGCACUCACUGUAAUGUAAAAUAUGGACCCACCACUCCAUGCCGUGCUCAUAUAUUUUCUCGUCAGCACAUUGCAAGGCUCCGUGUGGCUAUUCAGCAACAACUAAAGGAAGAAAGCAGAUAUAGAGACAACCAUCCAACAGCAGUGGCUCCUCUCAUUUCUGACAACAAACAGACGUCUCAGAUGCUCAGUUUCCAGGGAAGCAACUCAGUGUCGCCCCAAAUCCAGAGGAUCACCCCACUAUUGAUGCCAGGACAAGGCAUCCCUGCACCAAUUGGUGGGCUGGCAACAUUUAAUGCAGGCCCGCCUCCAAGCCUCCUUGGGAUCACUUCCACUGUACCUCCAACUCUACUUCCCCGUGCAACUCCAGCUGCCCCCAUAUCUUCCCAUUCAACCUUAGAAAAUACAGUGGAUUCUUCACAGCCUACAGCUACAUCAGAAAACACUGGUUCUGCAGCUCUUAAAGGGGCUUCUCUCAUGGGGACUCCUUUUAUGCCUUUCCCACUAGCUCCAGCAGCCACACCCUUGUUCACCCCUCAGAUACAAGGCCCAUACUUCCAGCAGCUGUAUGGCUUAAAAAAGCGCCUCUUUCCCAUUAAUCCAGUAAUUCCCCACACACUCCUUGGGCUUCUUCCAGGGUCACUUAAGCCAAAUCCUGAACCAUCACCCCCUCAAAAAACAGAUACCCCCCAAACCAAAGUAUCAGAUCAGUGUAGUGGGGAACAGGAAGUUACAAUAGGAGAGGAAGAAAGUGUUGAACAUGAAGAUGACUUAGAAGAUGAGGAUAUACCCAUGGUGGAUGUGGCAAUAAGGUACCAGUGUCAGCGUUGUAAGAUGUCCUUUGAUGAGGAGGGAGAAGCUGAAGCUCACCAAGGUUCAGGCUGCUACCCUGGCUCACUGCCUCACCCACCCCCGCUCAGGCUGAGGGUAUGCACCUACCACUGCCUGUCAUGCCAAGUUCUGCUGCAGGGUCCAGCAGCUCGCAACCAACACCUGAGGUCACAGCAGCACCGUGCACAUAGCACGUACAGUGAUGGAGCAUCCUCUGCAAUACCUCAACUCAGGCCAAAGAGUGCUGCUACCUCUGUGCUCAUGGCUUUAUAGAGAUGCUUUAACAGUAUUCUCACUUUCUUCUUUAGCUGUCCUUUUAACUUUCUUUCCAAGUUUGUCUCUCUUUAUUCUAUCCUUUUCUGUGUUUGUGUUUCAAGCUCUCUAAAUGUCUGUUACAGGAGAAGCACUUCCCUCACUUAAGGAUGCUUCCUCAUACUUCUCCUGCUGAAAUGAGCCACACUGCUCCCUUGAUUGUCUCUUUCCCAUGUCUAUUCAGCAGGGAAGUUCCACACAAAGAUACCACGUGCAGGCCAAAAAGAAAUCAAAACCUAAAACCUCUACAAAGAUUCUGAGAACCCAAAGUUUUUCUGCAUUUCCUAAUUCUGGUGCCAAAAUGAGUGUCCCUUCCCUGACCUUAUGUCUUGCACCCAUACUCCUUUCUAAAGGAGAGGGCAAUGACAGAUAAACUGGGGGAUAAAGGGAGGAAAAAGAUUGAAAGUAACCAAAAGUUCCAAGACUUUAGGAGCAAAAGCAGAGACUGCACCCAUGCCUCUCCAACACAAUGGAUGUGUGCACACAAUAUGCGUGGGGCUUUUACUUCAGAGGAAGGAAAUGAUACCUUUCAACAUUGAUGUGACUGUGUUAUUCUUAGGGUUAAAGACUAUACCCUAGAAACUCUAAUGCUUUAACCAUUCGUGGAGGGAUAAAGGGAAGGGCUUUAUCUUUUUGGGGGAGGGGUAGGGGCAUUUUUCACUCCCUUAAACUCCUUAUCACACUUCCCAUACCUCACUCAAUGUUUUAAGCUUUGGGGUAUUUGGGGAAGGGGGGGGUGAACUGUUAAUAUUGCCAAACAAUAGCAUAAGAAAAAAACUUUUGAAUCCAAAGUUAUGUGGAAAAUGUGAGAACACCAACCAAAAAAAACAAAAAACAAAAUUUAGCUUCGAAGAAGAAAGAUAAAUGAAAAAAGGACAUAUAUUUGUAUUAUGUGGAAAAAAUAGCUACAAAAGGAGGAAGCUGGGUCGCAGCACAGUGCUUUACAAUGAGCAGCAUGUAUUUUGUAAAUUUCUGUAAUGUUAUGCAUACAUUUUACUUUUGCAUUUCAAGGGCCAGCGUUAGAGAGGGUGCAUAGCCUGAUGCCAUCUACUAAAGUGAAAAAUUGAUCAGGAAUUUCCAGCCUGUGGCCCUACUCUUUUUCAAUUUGUUUUUUCAUACAGUGCUGGCACAGCAUUUCCCACAUGGGGCAAUAUUUAUCAAAGAGGAAUUAGCGCUUGCCACAGUUCACUAGGAGGGAACUUUCCAGUUCUCUGUUCCCUUUUGUAGGAUUUUUAGGGGCAUAAUAGAGGGUGUAACAAUGAGUUCAUUCUGUUUUAUAUAAAAUAGACUGUAUCAAGUUGUAUUUUUCACUUUUUGAUAAAUAUGUCCCACAGUGAUAAAUCAUUUACAUAAGUCUAAGCCCUGGUGGAGGUUUCACUCCAAGUCCCCUAACACAGGCUCAAAGACUAGGCUUCGUUUGAUUGGAUGCUGAUACCUACCAGUAUAUUAAUGGACUGUGAGAGGGAACUGGAACCCUGGGAAGAGACCACUGAAGCCAAAAUAGAGCAUUGAAAUGCUACAAAGGAAAAGCAAUGUUUGAAGCAAAAACUAUGUCAUAUUUAGAAUUCUUGGAGUUGAAAAAGAGCAGGAGGACCACUAGAUGCACACUUACAUAAAUUUUAAAAAAAGUAAUUGCUACAUGUAAUGAUAUGCCAAUUGAUCCAUUACUAAAGGACAUUUUUGACCAAGGAUAUUCAAGUAUGAGGUCAGAAGCAACUACACUGCCCCACCCUAAAUAGGGCCUAGGUAUUUAACUGACACUGAACAUUCAAGAAAGGUUCAGUCACAAUCCAAUAAUUACCCUUUUUAAUUUUGAAUCUUUUUGCCUUAACUCAGCAUUGCUUACUAGUCCAUCCUACACAUGCUGUUCUUUCUCACUGAUUUGUACAUCUUAGUCUCCUUAGUUGGUGUUCUCUUUAACAUUGAACUAAGGUAUUUCCCCUUGUUUUGUCUUUGUUUUAAACACUUUCAUAAUGUUCUAGACAUUUGUGCAUGUUAAGGCACAUUCACUUGGGUAUUUAAACCCACAAUUCACAUGCGGGGCAUUCUCUGUUGACCAAAGGCUACAACAAUCACCUGCUGACUCUGGUACCUGUAUUGUAAGCAUACCCCAGCAUUAAACAGUUAUCUGACCAGCAGCAAAUGUUACCAGAAUGCACUAGCUGUCAACUACACUUUUAAAUACUAUGCCCCAUUCUAUCAGGUUUACUCUUUUUGCUUUUAAUAUCAUCAUUAUAAUUAUUUUAUACCGUAUGUGUCAUAUCAAGCUUAUUGCACUACUCUCAGUGUGCCACCCUUUUUUAGUUUUUUAAUUUGGCUUUUCUUUAAAAAAAAAAAAAAAUCUUGUCUUUUCAGUUCCCUAGCAUUUUGCUGCCCAUGCCUAUUGUCAGCUCUUUUGUCCCAUGAUCCCUUUUCCCUAUCCAUAGGCUCCUCCACCCUCUGUUCUUUCUGUGAUACUUUGUGUUUACCUUUCUCUCAUACAUUAACCAUCUCACUUUUAUUUUUGACCAGAUAUUCAGCUGUUUUAUGAUCUGUGAUUUUUGUAUUUUCUUCCGUUGUAUUCCAGACUUUAUACAUUGUGCUGUGUGCUCAAGUUUUAAUUUUUCCUAACAUUUUAUUUUUCUUUUAUAGUUAUUUAUCAUUUUUGACCUUUCCCUCCCAAUGCGUUAUCCCUGUUGUUCACAAUUUCUCUUCUCUCUACUCAGCCCUUUGCUUAUCAGCUCCCAUUCUUUGCCUACAUCCAUUCUCUCUAGUUUCCUACUAUCCUUUCCUUUCUUCUCCCUAGACAUCUGCUUUCUCUGUUAUUACAAGCACUAUUCUUUAGCCUUAAUUUUUAGCAGAGUGAUUUUUCCAGUACAUAUCUACUGGGGGAAUCAUGCCAAAACUGUCAUAGUAAGGUCAAAGUAACUGGCAUUUUACUUCCCUCACAUAAAACAGAAUGACCAUGAGUUACACACACACUGUAUUUAUAGUAUGGCCAUUUGAAUUUCAAGAUAAGAUAAUAUAAAUAUAUAUAUGUGCUAGGUCAAGAGGUUACAUGCUAGGUGAGCAUUAACAAAUUUGUACAAAUUCCCAGUUGUGGAUUUUUUUAAAGAUUUUACAUGAAUGUUAAAUGCAAAGAUGCAAUACUAGAGUGUUUAGGGUAUUUACCCAACCAAAUGAAAAUUAAACUGCUAAAUAUCUUGCAUAAAUAUUCUAUUAUUGGCCAGCUAAUCAUGCCAUUCAUGCCCUUAGCCAGCUUUAGUGUAUGACAGUGUGCAUCUCAAUGUUUAUUGUGGCCAGUAUUUGAGGUUACUCUGUUCUUGCGCUACAUAGGCAUCGUCUGCACUCAGGUCUAUUUCCCUGCUAUCAACAAAACCAAUUAAGUAUUCUUUUUUUUAUCAUAUCCACUUCCGCUCACAUUUAUGUGUGCCACAUGCAGGUUGGGCCUGCAGCUCUGGUUGAACAUUCAGGUAAAAUGGCAGAUGCCUCAACAAAAAGAAAUAAGAAUUCUGCGAACACUACGACAGCACAGUCAAGCACAGCUUGCCCAACCAGAGCACAUCGUUCCAGCUCAUAGUGUAUGAGUUAUGUGUGUCCCAUGUUCUACCUGUAUCCUCACCCUGUCUAGUGACCAGCUGCUCACCCGCCAUGGAUUGUCGCAUGCAAAGAGUUUCUGAGUGAUGUAUAAAUGGUAAAAAAAAUAUAAAAACUAACAUAAAAUGUUA